GAACUGACGGUUAACGAUAGUACCCAGAUUUAUCGAUACAACUUCGAUGGGCUUCUCGCAAACACCCUCUAUACCAUAUUAAUGAGCCACAUUCUAUACUCUCGAGUCACUUGACAAGCAGCACUCGCCCAUUUAGCAGGACUCGUCGGUCAAUCCGUUAUUGCAGAAGUGACCUGAAGAUGUGGACGUCUAUGAAUCGGCUCCCGGCGGCUUCUCCCAACGAAAGGAAUAUAUCGAUUUAGCUACCAUCCGAUUCGAGGGAGAGAACGGUGAAUUUUGCAACACAGGAUCCCGAUAUCGAUAUGGAAGUUGAUCCCGAAGAAGCUCUCUGUAUCUAGCCGCUCAAUGCCCAGCUUUUACAAUGGUAAUCAUACCUGUGCAAUACUCCAACUUACUCCCAGGCCUGUCUUGUGUUAAGCUUCGCGAACAUCAGGUAUUAACCUCCUUACAUUGACGGUGUCUGUAACACCCCUCUGCACUGGUACAUUGAAAUAUGGUCUCAGGGUACGCCACGUGGGCCUAAACCGGGGCUCAUGUCCAGUUGUGCGCUGAAAGCAUCUCUAGCGCAAAGAUCCGUCUGAUUCUCCAACAGAUCUUGAUUGUAGCUGUCCUUUCGUAUAGUUUGCCUUCCUCUGAUAUAAAGGAAGCAUCGCAGCAAUAAUCCUUCGCAGCCCAUCCUCGCUUCAGUGAUCAACUCGUAGCUUACCAUCUCAAAGAGCAUGGUGUCCACCAAUCAUGUUUUUUCUGGGUUUGCAUUUAUCGGCUUCGUUCUAGUCACUGUCCUCCUGCCUCUCCAUAUAAAAGCAAGAAAUAUUGGCACAUGCGCUCUCAUCAUAUGGAUAGGCUUGCUUUGCCUGAAUGGUUUCGUAAACUCAAUCAUAUGGGAUCAUAAUGUCACCGAUUGGGCACCUGUGUGGUGUGACAUAUCAUCUCAUUUGAUGAUGGGCGGGAGAAUUGGCGUGCAGGUAGCGUGCUUAUGCAUCGCUCGUCACUUAUACCUCGUCACAAGAAACAUAACCACGAAUCGGCCUAGUCAAGUCAGGCAUCGGGGAGCCAUUGCAUGUGACCUUUUUUUGGUUAUAGGAGCUCCAAUGCUGUACAUAGUCAUAUACUACAUUUGUCAAAUUACGCGUUUUUGUAUUUUCGAGGAGAUAGGCUGCUACCCUGCAUAUGGCGGCACGCAGCUCAUUUUCCCGUUGCUUUUAAUAUGGCCGUUUAUAGUAGCUCUUAUCGUUGUUGUCUACUCAGGCGUUACUAUUCACAUCUUGAUACAGCGGGGAGCAGGAUUCAAAACACUCAUUCAACGUGAUGAACAAUUUUGCCGACUAUUGGCACUGGCCGCCGUAAUAGUCACCUGCACAUUUCCAUACAGUCUAUCGGCACUUAUAGUGGAUGCAACUGAAACGCCAGCUAUUCCUGGGCCUGGGUGGGAUAUUGUGCAUACCGAUAUCUCUCAUGUUCUUCAAGUUCCAGCUGCUGAGUGGAAAGCGCCACCAUCUGUGCAAGCCGCUGGUUUACAGCUCGCGCGAUGGAGCUUUGUGAUGUACGCCAUCACUGUCUUUGCUUUUUUUGGUUUCACAGCAGAAGCGAAGAAGAGCUAUCGUGCUGUGUUGGGCUUCCUUAUUAGCUGCUUCGGUACCUUGGCGAUCUUCAAAAGUCAAAGAAUGAGGCAAGGACAUUUUCCUGGUCAACGCAUAUCCGUACACACUCCCAAACCAUCAGACCGUCAUCGAUGCCCACAUACAGCAUCAACUGUCGACAGUCCGCAAAGUACAUUGCGUAACUCAUGCUCACCUGAACUGCCCGACCCAAAAAUGGGAUCUAAUCUGGGCCUAUGUACUGAGCCUACAGACAACGACUGCGAUGCACACUAUGCGCACUUCGAAAUGUCGGUGCUCGAGCAUCCUGCACCUGUAUUGGACAUCGUAUCCGUCUUACGUUGCCAUCCACUCGAUCCAAACCCAGUGUAAAACAUCUUGAAAUGUUCCUUAACAUUGCGUGAAUGGUCUGGAGUUUCAGUUCAAGCCGUCACCCUUUUCAUACCGGAACUAAGCUCGUGUUCAGGUUUUAUCACCUUGUAGAAUAGUACAGGUGUAACAACUUACCGCCCAACCACCAGUCGACCAAAUUGGUGCAAUACAAUCAUGUGACCCAUCUCAAGCCAGUCUCAGGCUCUUGAAACUUUUGCAUGAGCGUACUUAGUCGGAUAACAGACACUGUCAUCAGGAAAACGAGGAGACCCUUGCAUUACCAGGCGGAGUUGAUACGUGGACAUCAAAG